CCUUUGCCUGUUGGUCAUGUGCACUGUGGAUAACUUACUGAAAGAUUUUGAGGAGCGGACUCGGAUCAAAGAAGUUAAGAGUGGAUGGAGGAGUUGAGCUUUCCAAAUUUAGAGCCUGUUUCAUUUCAUGAUGCAAUUCCUCCUCAACAGCAAGAGGAAUAGUUUGGAACAUAAGUCUGACUUUGAAGAAACAAGUGUCUCUUUCCACCUCCCAAAAAGACAGGAGUUGGGAGGGCGAAGGAUUUAGAGAGCCGAGCCCCCCCACGUCCAGCUCAGGAAACUCUGGGCCCUCUGCUCUUCCUCUGCAUUGACGCCACUAAAUCACACUCUCUGCGCUGCGAUGGACUUCACAUGCACUCGAGCCAAGGCCUCCCUCGUCCCUUUCUUCUCCCCCUCCUCCUACUCCGAUCUGCUCUCCUCUGUCAGAGUGAUGUAGGGUCACAAGAAUGGGGAAACACCUUCCAAGGAGAAAACACACAUGCACUUUCACAACACACACACACACACACACACACACACAAACACAGAGUUCCUCACUGAGUGCUGAAUGGUGAGCGAACAGCACAUGCUGCAUGAGGCGAACUCGGAUAGCGACAUCUUCAAACUGAAGGCCUUGAAGAAAGAAAGAAAUGGACCCAAGGCCGAACUGCUGAGCCCCGAAGACGACAAGUGAACCAGAGAGAGAGAGAAGCUGGAAAGAGGAGCCAAAUGUUUCACCUGACUUGUGGAGCUCUAACAUGGGAUGAGCUCCUGACAUCAGUGGCUUAAGCUGUGCCCCCCUGUAUCCUGACUGGGAGCCCGACCAGAUCCUGGCCUCUGAGCUCCGACCUUCAACCCUGGAGGGCCGGGGGGAAAAUGCGGUACACCACCCUCUUGGCCCUGCUGAUUGGGGUCAUGCUGUACCUGGGAAUGGGAGCGCUUGUUUUCCGCACCCUGGAGGCCCCCAAGGAGAGCUCGUCGUACGAAGACCUGCUCAGAACCAAGCAUAACUUCCUCGAUAAUAACUCCUGUGUCACCGAGCUGGACUUCCACAAGCUCAUCAAGACAUUCCUCCCUCCACUUCAGGGACUGGUGACUGCGGUGGACGCAGGCCUGGAUGUGAGCAGCCUCUCUGCCAACUUCACCAGCCGCUGGGACGGGCCCUCCGCCUUCUUCUUCUGUGGUACCAUCAUCACCACCAUAGGCUUUGGGAACCUGUCUCCUCGGACGUGGUACGGCCAGUUGUUCUGCGUCUGCUACGCCCUGGUGGGCAUCCCCAUGUUUGGCAUCCUGCUGGCUGGAGUGAGUGACCACAUGGGCACCGUGCUGCGGAGAGCCGUGGCCAAGAUUGAGACCCUCUUUCUGAAACGGAUGGUCAGGCCAACCACCGUGCGCGUGAUCUCCGCCGUUCUCUCCAUCCUGAUUGGUUGUCUGAUCUUCCUCGCCGUGCCAACAGUCGUGUUUCAGAGAGUGGAGGACUGGUCUCUUCUGGAGUCGCUCUACUUUGUCGUGAUCACUCUCACCACCGUCGGCUUCGGAGACUACGUGCCAGUGGGGAGCAAAGGAAUAAACGGCACAACACAUUCAACCCCACUCCCUCUGUGUCCAGGUGGUGGUCGUGAGGAUGGCUUGUUCUUCAAGCCUCUGGUGUGGUUGUGGAUAGUGUUUGGUCUCGCCUACUUCGCCUCCAUCCUCACCAUGAUAGGCAACUGGUUGAGGGUGCUGUCGAAGAGGACCCGCGCUGAGAUGGAGGAGUUGAGGGCCCACGCCACAGACUGGACCCAGAACAUCCAGAACAUGUCCAUGGACUUCCGCAUCCCAAACCCUCUGGAGUUCAACGACCCCUUCCUCCUGCAGCGCCGGCGAUGGAAACGCAGCGGGCGUCGUCGUGUCCGCCGGGGAGCCCAUGGCACUCUGGGAUACUGGCUUCAAGAGGGAUCAGAGAAUGGACACCUGCCAAACCGCUGGGCCGGCAUCUCCAGAUCCACGAACCAGCUGGAGGCCCGUCCAGCCCUCGACAGGGCGGUGCUGGCGAGGUCAAGGCCACGGGUCAGCGCCGCUGGAGGGGGAACGGUCCCGAGAGCAGGGCCUGGAUUGAGAGUCGACCCCGCUGUGAAUCUGCAGGUGGUGAGCAGGUCAUUUCCUCACCUGCUGGCUCGCUCGUUCUCCCUCCCUGUGGCCCACUCCACCUCAAAGCUUGAUUCUGCAGCUGCAGCAAUGCAGGGAGAAUCUCUCUCUGGAUCAGAGUCUUCUUACGACUCCAGAUCUGACGGCUCCUCGGUUUCUUCUUCCUUCCUGGCACUUCACCAGUUCCAGCCCUACUACACCAUCAGCACCAUGGAGAAGGGCGGAUCGAGAGCAGCAGACAUGGACACGGCGCAACAGAAACACAAACUGAUUCCAGGAGAGAAACGUGGAUCUGUAGAAAACAAUUGCCACAAACAUGCACUUACCCCUACAUUUCACCCCUGCUCUCCCCCUCCUCCCCACUUGUUUCCUCCGUGUCCCCCUCCAAUCAUCCUCCCCUCCCCUCCCCUCAACACGGCCUCCUCCGCCAGCUGCCAGCUGCUGGACUUCUUCGGGGAGAACCUGGCGUACAUCGACGAGUCCUCGGACACGCUGAGCGACCGCGCUCAGCCAUCGGCUGAGGAGAAGAGGAAACGGCCGCGAAAGCCCAAGAGGAGGAGCAUAAGGAGGCAGCUGCCACACAGGUGGAGCCCUCUGCAAGUGAGAAGGCCCAACAGUGACAUGCAGCCACCAUCCAACCCGCCCACACCACCUCCAGACUCCCCUCUGUCAGACCGGCCCCAAUCGGAGAAGCAGACAGAUUCAGCUCCUGCGCUCUGACGACCGCAAACAUCCACGACAUUGUGCAAAGUCGAGACCUGACAAAACCUAAAUAAUCCAAAACAAGGCCAUUUACAGCAAAACCUGAUGACCUCACUCAAACACAAAAUGCAUACCAUAUCCAAAUCUUACUUCACCUGUCAGCUGUUAAUCAAUGCUUUUUAUGGUUAGCCUCGCAAAGUCAGCCCAUAAAUUUUGCUUUUUUACUUUGCGAUCUGGCAAAGCUCAACAGAUAUUUGCGCAGGACAGUCGCCUCUUUAAAUAGACAGUAGAUGACUUACAACUGCUCCUUCACAGAGAUACCAACAUGAACACAGUGCACAUGACUUGUCUGGAAGUGCCCGGGAAAAAAGGGGGUUUUGUAUAAAUCUGAAGAGAGGGAGGCAAACAGGCCUUUCAAACAAAGCAAUUAUAUUUAAAUUUAAAAUCGGCCACACCUGAUGUGAGGUUUCAGGAGGCAAAGAGUCGCAUCAUUAUCCAGACACCAUUACACAUAAUUAUCCACAAUGUUGAUCCGCCUUUCAGCCUCUGAGCUCAGUCUGUUCUCCACAGACAUAUUCUUCGGUAAACGUCAGACUUAAGCUGGUGCUUUGUGAGGCUUCUCUUUGCUCAGUGACUAAUAGCUUCAAAUCCAGCCGGGGUUUUACAGCAGAGGUGAAAAUGAAUACACAGUUACGAAAAAGAACCGGGUGAGAGAGCGGAGGAAGGAUUCACAAAGUUACAAAUGCCGCAUAUUCAGUGAGUGCGAAUGCAGUUUGGGCCUUCAUCGACUGAGCUGAUCACAAGGGCGAGUGCGUCAGGCUCUGGGUGUCUUAGUACCAUGAAAUAAAAAACAACCUGCGGGUGGUGGAGGAGCUGAGCCACAACAACAGCACGUCAGUACUCACCCUCAGACCAGUGCCUGUCUGCUGUGUGAUGCUGUCAAACAGGUCCUGACUAUUGAAAACCUUCUUCAAGAUGAAAACUGUCCUGAGAGUUUGAAGGAUUACAAAACGGGCAGCUAACUAUUUCCCUUAAAGGUUAUGUAAUAUGCUGGUUCAUGAAACGACUCUUGAAUGUUUUUCAGGGUUAGAGAGUUACUGUCCACUGCUUUGUGUUCAAAUGUUUGAGGCCCUUUCCAGCAUGAUAAGCGGCUUUGUGCGCUCGCCUUCGGGCACGAGUGGCCAGAGAGCUAUUAAAGUAACGCUGAGGUUAUUUUAAAAGUUUGUGGCGUUUGAGAACUGUACGAUCCAGUGUCCCUCGACGUGUGUACACGCCAUUCAAGAGCUAUUUGCUGUCAGCAGUUGGCUGCCUCAUAUUCUCUUACAGUGACACAUUAAAGUGAUGAUUAUCAGAUUUACACUGUCGUUCUAUAUCAACAGGGCUUGUGUGUGAAGAUGCCUUUAUGAUGUUUUUAAUGUUAUUGUGAACACUGUUACCAGUGUGGAGCUGGGUUUUGUGUUGUAGUUUUUGGGUCCCCAUCUCGCUUGUGAUGAAGUGCACACGGAUGACAUGAUAUUACUCAUUCAGCCACUGCACUAUUCCACUGAACAAAACGACACAGCUACAACAUUACUGUACCAACAAGGGACGAAAGAGGGCGAGUACAAGUUUGUAAACAUAGAUGGAAAUGAUGGAGAUGGAGAUUUAAGAUGAGGAAGUUGUGUUUGACCUCAGCGAUGCACAUGAUGCCCUUUACUUAGCCGGAGCCUGUAGCGCCUAUGGAUACACUACUUACUCUUUCUGAGCGUGUUCACGCUGGAAAAGUGGCAAAACUCUAAAUAGACAGCUCCAGAAAGAUCUCAAAACAAAUAAAGUACACAUAUAAUUUCCUUAGUAUAGUCAAGUCAAGUCAAAUUUAUUUCUAUAGCGCAUAGAGGAGGGGAUGAAUUGUAUGGUAUUUUGUAUGGUAUCCAAAUUUCUUUUGCACUCACCCUACACGAAUCAAGUUUAGUUUAUAGCAUGCUGUACAGAGUUGCUAUGCAGAAUGAAGUCGGGACAGUGGAGAGCAGCGGGUGUGAAAUGACCCGAACUCUGAAAGUCCUGAAUGAACCCUGCUCUUGGUGGAUGUGGGAUCAGUUCCUGCUUACUCAGAACCAGGGGCUACUACACGAGAAAACUGUGGCAGCACGCCGCCUGCCAGAGCCAAAAUAAGUAACGUUCUGAAUCCACACUCGGAUUCAGGCUCCCACAUAUUUAGCAAUUUGUUGACAGUGGUCUGUAAGGAGAAAGGUAUUCAUGUGGCUCUAUGCCGGUCCGUGGCCCAUCAGCAAAAUUGUCAUUAUGAGUCUGACUCCUGACCUAUGAAUGUUUUCCUUUUCAUUCUUUUUUAAAAAAUGCAAUAAAAAAGAAGGUGGAGAGUCAGGAUGUUUGAA